GUACAUGUGUGUCGCACGCUUGACGCCGUUGCUCCGUGACGCUGGCACUGUGCUGUAGCUGCCGUAGACUGUAGCUCCUCUCUUUGCGGAGGAAUGUCGCUGCUUCUGCUGUGUCUCUGUUGGGAUGGAGGACUGACAGACGCUUUGGGACGAACAUGUCGGGACUGCAGUCUCUUAUCUUAUUAAAUAACCAUGAUGCUCAAAACAACACAGUAGGUACCUCCACCUGUGACUGGCGGCCAAGAACCUCUAGUCAGAUUUAAGAGCACCGCUGCUGAAUCAAUUCAGAGUCAAAAUUUAUUAAUUUGGCAUUAUAUUUGCUUCUAAGCAUGGACCCUUAACUUCCCCAUCCAUCAGGACACACGGUUGCACUUUUCCUUCAGUUGUUGUGUGACAAAUUGUCAGGGGAGUUCUGCUGUACUACCACGUGUUACUGGUCAAGCUGGUGAAGCCUCGUCAAGAUGUUUUCAGCACUUAAGAAGCUGGUGGGGUCCGAGCCAGGGCAGCUCAGGGACAAGAACAUUCCGGCUGGCUUGCAGUCGAUGAACCAAAGUUUGCAGAGACGCUUCGCCAAAGGGGUCCAGUAUAAUAUGAAAAUAGUCAUCCGGGGAGAUAGAAACACUGGGAAGAGUACUUUAUGGCAUCGACUGCAGGGCAAGAAGUUUGUGGAGGAGUAUCUACCCACUCAGGAGAUCCAAGCCACAAGUAUCCAUUGGAACUACAAAAUGGCUCCAUAUCAAGCUACUGAUGAUGUGGUGAAGGUAGAGGUGUGGGACGUAGUAGAUAAAGGCCAAAAAUAUCCUCUUCCUGAAGGUAUAGGCAAAGGCAAAAGACGCGGAGAGAAUUUGAAACUGGAGAAUGAGCCCCAAGAGUCCGAUGAGGUGGCCCUGGAUGCAGAGUUUCUCGACGUGUACAAGAACUGUAAUGGAGUCAUCAUGAUGUUUGACAUUACCAAGCAGUGGACUUUCAGCUACAUCCUGAGGGAACUGCCCAAGGUACCCACCCAUGUGCCGGUGUGUGUGUUGGGGAACCACAGGGACAUGGGCGAGCAUCGCGUCAUCCUCCCUGACGAUAUAAGAGACCUGAUUGCUGGACUGAACAGACCAAUGGGAGCAUCUUACAUCCACUAUGCCGAGUCCUCAAUGAAGAAUGGCUUUGGCUUGAAAUAUCUGCACAGGUUUUUCAACAUCCCCUUCCUCCAGCUACAGAGGGAGACCCUCCUGAGGCAGCUGGAGACAAACCAGCUGGACAUGGACGCCACCCUGGAGGAGCUCUCUGUGCAGCAGGAGACUGAGGAUCAGAACUAUGAGAUUUUCCUGGAGAACCUUGAGUCUCGCAGUAAGGGCUAUGGCUCUCCUGGUCCAGCUAAUGGUCAGAGUCCCUCCUCUGGCUCCCAGUCCCCCAUCGUCCCUCCCAGUGGAGCCUCCACAGGCAGCUCCAGCCCCAGCACCCCUCAGCCCCCAAUCCCCUCCCAGAUGCUCCCACAGUCACCGUCUGUGUCCACCUCCUCCCCUCCACCUCCGCCGGCAGCGGCUUGCGGGGCAGCUUCACCCGCUGUUGAGUUGAAGCCAUCAGCCCAGUCGCCCGAACACGUACAGGCCUCGGCUGCAUCUGGAGCGCUGGGCCCCCAGAAACGUGGCUUCAUGUCCCGCUGGUUCGGAUCAACUCCUGCCUCUGAGGCUCCUUCUUCUGCACCAGAUGAGCCGCCUGCAUCAGUGUGUCCCGCUAAGGUUCAGAGUGUGGAUGAUUUUAUGCCCGAUGAGAGACUGGAUAAAAGCUUCCUGGAGGACAGCCUGCCCCCCCGGACCAAGCCGCCUCAGCGUGCAGCGGCUAUGGACAGCGACAGUGAUGGGGAGAGCCGAGGAAACCCCAUGGUGUCUGGUUUCCAGGACGAGCUGGAUCCUGAUGACACGGAGCCCGGUCUCCCCCAGCCCAGGACCCUGCCCCUCAGUAAAGACAUCACUCUGACCAGUGAUGAGGACGAGGUGGCCCAAGCAGCCCCCGUUAUCACACAGGACCAAGACCUGGACAGUGAGCAUGAGCUCAAAGCGCCUGUGAUCCACAUCACCAAACCAAAGGUGGCCCCUAAAGGCCCAAGCAUCUCCCUGACUCUGACUCCAGCUGCAGAGCAGCCACCCCGACACCCGGCCAGGAAGAAGGGAGGAGCAGCCAGAGCCGAGGACUCUGACUCGGAGCCCGAGGCCCCGGUGGCCCAGCAGAUGCUCUCCUUUGUCAUGGAUGACCCCGACUUUGAGUCUGAAGCAUCAGACACACCAAAAAUAACAAAGGAGACAUUUCCAGUCCGAGACGAGCUUCUGUCCGACCUCUCUGACGACGACCUGCAGUUAGCCAAUGUGGCAGAACCUCUGAAGCCCACUGUGAUCUCCUUUAAACACAAGGACGAUACCGACCUGUUUGGCCUGGGCAUCAAGGAAGAGGCUCCCGCAGCCAAGGACAGCAGCGAGGAGCAGGAAGGGAAAGAAAGCAAACAGUCCUCCAAAGAGAAGAAGAAAAAGAAGAAGAAAAGCAAAGAGGAGGAUGAAAAGAACAAGAAGAAACACAAACACAAGAAAAAGGAAAAAGACGAAGACGCAGCAGGAGACGAGAAAAAGAAGAAGAAAUCCCGGACCAAGAAAACGGAGGUGGACGAGUUGGAGGACUUCCUGGGGGGAGGAGCAAGCUCCAUCAAAAGAGAUGACGGCGAUUAUGAAGAACUAUAAGCACUCCUGUUCCAUCAGGAAUGGAAGCAUAAAGCAUCUCCAAGCCAUACGCACUCCCUCUGGUACCGGUCUGUUCCUUCUGACUGACUCCACAUCUGCACUACUGCUGUCACUUCCCUUCCAGCCAAUAGGAAACAGCCAGGAGACCCCUGGGAACUGUAGUGAGUCGUGACAUUAAAAUCUGAUGAUUGGCUCUUUGUACUUUGACAUGAUUAAAUAAGGCUUAAUAUUUCCUUUGAUUUGAUAUAGCAGUGACCCAGUGUGUAAAUAGGGUUCCCAUUGUGUCUGGUUGGUGUACUAAUGGAGAGCAUGCUUACAGUGACCACUGACAGUCUUCUGUCUUUUUCUUUCUUUCUACUUGUUGGCUUCAGUGGUUAAUGGCACAUUUAGUCUUGUGUCUCUACAUAUAAACACUGAACAGUCAUUCACAGUGAGUUGAUUUAAGAACUCUGAAACGACUUCCCCUUCUUGGCUCUGGGAGGAACGUCCACGCUGAGCCGGCUGCAUGUGGAAUCAGCGUGCUUUGUUUUGGCCUCCGUCCACACUUAGCUGCUGGUGUUUCAGGGCGGAGCAGGGAAAACUCAUUUCAAGUGUCCAUAUAGCUGAUCACACACUACACACACAGUUUGUCAUUAACUGGUCUGGCUCAAUGGAUCCACAUUGCUGAGAUAAAGCAUGACAUGAGAGACACGACUGGAUGUCCCUCCCCUUUCACUACCUCUGCUAUCAGGGCUUGGCGGCGCCCAGGAUGGCUGGGAUUGGUUUAAAGAAAAGCAUACAAGUCAGAGCUAUUUUUCUCCCCUAUCCCAGAAUAGAUAGGCCAUGUAUGGCUAUGCCAGCUAAGUCAUUAACCUGUAUGAAUGUCGAUUUUGUCAGACCGAGGACUGAACAGAGAUUUGAACAACUGAGACUCAGCAGAGUGAGCGGGCUGCAUCUGUCUCACCAGAUGUAGACUGAGGCACUUUGAGAGGACAGAGAAGAUUAGACCACGAUAGAAUGGCGCCGGGAGCCAAAAUUAGCAUUGGGCACGAUAGUUGCACUUUGAAUCCCUCGUAGUGUCAGCAUCUGGGACGCUUCACAACGUCCUGAACAAAAACUUGUAUGACGUGUUGCAUGAGGUUAACCAUUAUGUACACACUCGCCCUCUUUCUACUGACUGGGAAGGAAAAAAAGACAUGGUGAUCAUGAACUGUUCCAGGUUCUUUUUUUUCUUCUUUUGACAUUUAAUGCAAGGUGAGGCAGAGAGAGGAGAAGACCUGGAGCAAAGCCUCUCCAGGUCCUGUGUUCACAUACGUUAGCCUGUGUUUUCUGUCCGGUGGGACAGUGAGUCUGCUAAGUCCCAGCAACAGUGUACGGCUCUGAUGACCUAAUGUGACCGUGGGCAUCUUGAAGGCAGUUUCAGUGUCACGAAAGUGGAAUGUGUGCGCGUUAGCCGGCUUAGCGUGGACGUCAGCAACAUGAUUUUAUGAUUUCUUCCACUGGUCAAAACAGCUGGUACAAGUGUGUGGUCCCCCCCCCAAACAGUUCACUCACCGGCCCUUUCUGUGCUUCUCCCUGGAGGGCGAUAUACAAAUUCUCCUCUUGUUUUCUGCUAUUGCCUUAAUGGGGGUUACAACGAGGGACUGGCGAGCCGCUAUCCUCAUGAACCAUAGUGAAGUGUUCUUACUGUGACGUGUUGGUGAAACUCUGAAAGCUCCUAUAUGAUUGCAGUGGAUCAGUACAUCUGUUUGUCUUUUCUUUGAUUCUCAUAGGACAGCAAAACACCUGUCCUUCUAAAGGAGUAUUAUGGAACUAUGUUAAUAUUUCUCUGUAAGUAACAUCUCCAAGAUUUCCUCAUUGUUUUAUGAUCCUUGUGUUAUUUAUUGCUUCUAUUUUGUUUUGUUGUGUGAUUUGUGCUGAAACUCUCCUCAACGGUUGGACUCAUGGAUUCCAGUUGUUCCCGUCUCCUAACGUCACUGCUUAAAGGACAUUUACGUGGUGAUAUGAACUACGUACACUGCAGUAUCUUCCAUUAAUCACCAAAAUGUUUCCAAUAACUGAAGCAUUUUGCAUCUAAGAGAAAUUCUGUGUAUUUUUAAACUUGUUUUGACAACUUGACAGAUUUCAUACGGUUUCCAUCUCCCAUACCUAUAUGGCUACACUCUGUUGGUUUACAAAGACAUUGUGUUUGAUAUUCCAAAGUUGAAACUAUGCAGCAUUGAUCCUGAAUACUGUGUGCUCUUUUUUGUCUUUUGUCAUGGAAUUGAGGAUGAAUGCUGAAAGCACAGUUUCAAGCAAAGCAUGAGACUUAAAUGUACAGCAAGAAAAGAAUGUAUAAAGUAUAUAGAUAAAUGCAUAUAUUUGAAGAGCUUUGUUCCAAAAAUGAUACAUGCACCGUGUGGAAACAACUUAACUAAAAUCAAAUGAUCCAGACAGCAAAGAUCUAAUCAUGCUGUCUAAAGUAAUAACAUCUCUGGAAAUGGAUAUGCACUUUGGAAAUGUCGUCUUUUUCCAGAUGGAUGUAUGACUGUUGGAAUGAAGCCCUUCAUUUAUUUUUCACCCCGUGACAUGUUUCAUCUCUACACUGUGUGAGAUUGCCUCUGUUUGGUUUGUCCAAUAAAUGCAAACUUAUUUCUUCA